AAUCUAUGACGGUAUGUCACUUGUAAAUUUUUCAUUUAUAACACAUCACACAUGUGAAGUUUUAUGAACAUUAAUAUUCAAAGAAUAUAUAAACUUAAAUUUAUUUUAAAAGAAAGAUGCAGCACGAUGAUGUUGUGUGGGCAAUAAUAAACAAAACACAUUGUUCUCAUAAAGUAACCACUAAAACUCAACAAUUUUGUCGAAAUGAAUAUAACCUCACAGGUUUGUGCAGUCGGUCGUCUUGUCCUCUCGCAAACAGUAAAUAUGCUACAAUCAGAGAAGAGAAUGGUAUUAUUUAUUUGUACAUGAAGACUGCUGAAAGGGUAAUGUUUCCUGCUAAACAAUGGGAAAAAGUCAAGCUGUCAAGAAAUUUCGAAAAAGCUAUUUAUCAGAUAAAUGAGAAUCUACUCUACUGGCCUGCAUUUAUAAAAGCAAAAUGCAAACAAAGAUUUGUCAAGAUAACACAGUAUUUGAUAAGAAUGAGAAAACUCAAAUUAAGAAGAGUGAAAGAGUUGGUUCCAAUACAACGUAAGAUAGAAAGACGUGAAAGAAGAAGAGAGGAGAAAGCACUAGUUGCUGCAAGAAUAGACAAUGCUAUAGAGAAGCAAUUGUUAGAUAGAUUAAAGAAAGGGACUUACAAUGACAUCUACAACUUCCCGCAAAUGGCUUUCGAUGCAGCACUUAAAGCCGAGGAAGUUUCCUCGGAAAGCGAAAGUGAGAAAUCAGAUGAGGAAGAUGUGGAAAGGGAAAUGGAGCCUGAACUUGAAAAGGAACUGGAGAGAAAUAUUGAGCAAGUUGAUGAAUUUGUUGAAGCUGACAGUGAUAUGGAGAGUGAUGCGGAAAGCGAUUCUGGUAGAAAAGAAAAUGCAAAUGUCGGAAGUGAUUUCGAAUCGGAAACAUCUGAUAUUGAGGAUAUGCCAGUUAAGCUUCCAAUCGCUAAGAAGCCUCGUGUAGAAAUUGAGUAUGAAACCGAGCCAGUGGCAACAGUCUCCAGAAAGAAAAUAAAACAAUGAUGAUUUUUAAA